UACAUAACUAUGUGUUUUUGUUUUAAAUGCUGUUUUAAAGAGACAAGUGUGUUAGUUUUAGUACCGUUUCAGACUGUCUCACAUGAUGUGUUAAGCUAGUGGUGGCUGUAUUUUUAGACCCAUGGGAAAUUGAAUUUUGACUUUGAGUUUUGACGCUUAGAGGUGGCAGUUUGCAGUGUUUCAGCUGCAGAAUUGCACAUUGAGUGAACAAUGUGAAGUCAGCAUGUAUUAGUUUGUUUCCACAGAGGAUAGGAAAUAUAUGCCUGCAAAUAUGUGCACACAUGUUGUGCAGGUCAAGUAAAUUGAUCAUUUGUUCUGAUAAUUUUUGCAGUUGUUGCCAGUUUCCAUUCGUGUUUUCAUGGUAAUUCCCAUUUCAUGUGUUCUCCGCAGAGACUGAGGGGAUUUCCUGUGUUUUGUACCAGUUGUAACAACCACUGUUUUCUGCAUGAGUGAAAAGCUUUGCAAGACAGGAGUUUCUCUGUACAGUUGGAUAGAAGAGGAAGGGAAGCAGUAGAAACACAUUUGGUUUUCUUCUGUGACACUCAGAUCUUAUAGGUUUGUGAGGUUUUGGCCUUAGUGCUGCUAUUCCAGUUGAAUGAUAGCUAAACUGUUGUUGAUCAUUUUUAGGCCAUUCAAUCUUAUAUGCUGGUCAUUCACUACCAGAUUUCAGUCCAGUGUUUUCAGGAUCAUCUGAAUUAUCCAGUAUGACCUUGUGAGAUGUUUACAGCAGCUACAAGGACUUUUUUACUGGGUAUGAAACGAAUUUAAUACUGAUGCCGCUAUGUGACCUACCUAAGCAAGUAACACGAUCAGUGAGAGGACUGGAUAUUUACAUAUAGUUUUUCUUAAUGCCUGUGCGAUUUACAUAACACAUACGGAAAGGGCCUAUGUUUACUUUUUCCCUUGCUAAGUUUUGCAGUGAGUAAUAGUUGGCCAGUUAAAAGGAAGCUGGAGGAGAUACGUUGAGCAGAUACAGAGAAUUGCAGGAUUUGAAAGGAUUCAUGACUGAUUCUGAAGUGGCCCUCUUCAUCCUAGACAGCUUUGCAUUGGUUCUGGAGCUUUGUGCCCCUUAUCCUGCUCUAAGGCCCCUAAUGAGCUCCCAGGGAACUCGCUCCUGAUUGGCCAGCAGGCUUCCUCCUUGUGACUGGCUCAGCUGAAAGCCCAGCUAGCACUGACAAAGAUAGACAACGCUCUCAUCAUCGGCAACCGAGCUGAAACCUUUCCAGCCAACUCCAACCCACCUGCUCCCUACAUGUGCCAACAGAACCUCCCUCCCCGACUGCUGCGGCCAUCGAUCUCCUUAACCCUCUGAAGCUCGCAAACACCAUGUCCCAUCCCCUGUAUAACCCUUAUUCCUCUGGGGACCAAAGUUCCACCCAGAGGCAGUAUGGACCCCCCAGUAUACCAGCAGAGAGGGACCCUCGGACGGCAUCUUCUCACCUUGGACCUGGAUCCAGCUUCACUUCCUCUGGAGCUUCCUCUAUGAUUCCUGACAACUCUCUGGGAACACUCUCAUCACUGAUGUCUCAGUCGACGAGCUACAAGUCUGAACAGAGUACGACCGUAAUGGAUAAGGACAUAGAGAAGUCGAUCGAUAUGCAUAUCAGCAGAGCCAGAGAGGAGGUGAGGCUUCUCAGCAAACCGAUGCAUCAGCCUGUAGAUCAGGGCACUCGUUUUACCACCACUCAAAGGGAUGAGUUUAGCUCCUCAGGUGCACGGAUGGCCUCUUACCCAAUGUCCUCAGCCUCUGCCCCUCAAGGACAUAGACACUUGGACAUGGAAAGUAGCAGUAGUUCCUUGGAUUGGUCGUCGAAUUACAAAAGGACCACUACUGAUGACUCUAAAUUUUAUUCAUCAUCUGAUUCUUCUAACUAUGCAAGUGGUGGUGACGGUAGGUUUAAUGCCCCCAGUCAAAGAGACCAUGAAAUGCAGUCAAUUUCAGGCUUAGGUGAUCAAGAAUAUCGAGUACCGGACAAACCUGCAUCCUCUACAGAGUCCAGUCGACCCAAGUACACCUCUGAAUCAGCUGCAAACAUUCUUCUGCACUUUGGACUUGAGAAAGAAGACUUGGAGCUACUCCUCUCCUACCCUGAAGACCAGAUCACUCCUGCUAACCUGCCGUUCAUUUUGCGUGAAAUCCGUCUUCAGAAGGCCAACAGGGUUACAACAGCAGUUCAGCCAAAGCCCUACCCCGAACCCCAACCCACCAGAAACCGGGGUGGAAUGGACAGUCAUAGUUUGAGUGCUAGAGGGGCAGGGAUUUGCCAGGAAGAAAUAUCGACAGCUGUUCUCCAGCCAAGUAAAGUGAUUGACUAUGGCCAUAGUGCCAAAUAUACUGCAGGGGUUCGGGAUGAGAUUGGAAGGACCAGUGGCAGUAGAGCUGACAGUGGUGGGGGUGGAUGUAUGUUGCUGAUGGACACUUACGAUAGUAGCAGACACAGCCGACAACUGCAGCAAAAAAAUACAACAGAGGUAAAAAGCAGUGCCUUGGGUUCUUCACGUGAGCAGGCAAGUUCUGUUUCCAGUCUCAGCUCUUCGUACAGUUCAGCGCUGAACAGUGUGGCUCCCCCAAGCCAUGAUCAGACCAAGCGAUUGCAGACCCAACCAAACCAGACUUUUCAAACCAUCCUCAGCUCUUUCUCACUGCCAAAGAAAGACACAGACAUCAGAAUUCAGAAGUCUCAAGCCUCCAAACCUGUACUUCCGAAAGAACCAGAGGCUGAUCGCCAGUCAAGUCUGAAAAGUCAACCACCCAGCACUGUUUUCCGUGGUGUGCAUCCCAGCCGACCCGGCCUUGUGGUUAUUGGCAGUAGUGAUGCCAGUGGCGAUAAGGAUCAGAGCAAAACUCGAGGUCAAGGGUCAACAGUUGCUGAGCAGGGGAAAAAGCAGCGGUCAAUGCAGCAACAGUCAAAACAGCAGACACAGAAACAGACGGCAUCACAGACGGGACAAGCAAUGUGGCCUCCAACUUUUUCUGCUGCAAAAUCUGUUCCCCCCGCUCCGUUCAUCUCUAGCGUUGCUGGUGCCUCUCAGGCCAUGCCGCAAUCGUUGUUCAUCCCUGGGGAUCCUCGCUCCACCAUUAUUCCUCCAGCUCUGCCUCGGCCAGUCCCGCACCCGAUGAUCUUCAAUCCCAUGACGUUGCCAGCUUCCAACAGGCAACCCCAAGCAACAGUGGCAGUCUCCAAGGGUCUGCCAACGGCUGCCAUGAUGCAUGACUAUGCAGCGGCCUCACCAAAAAUCUUUCCACAUACCUGUUCUCUGUGUAACAAAGAAUGUACUCAUAUGAAGGAUUGGCUCUCCCACCAGAACACCAGCCUUCACCUUCAGAGCUGCAAACUCCUGCGAACACGAUACCCAGAGUGGGAUGGUGGGAUAGCACUCAGGCCCAGUGCUGCAGGUAAAGAUGCCAAGCCCUCUGCCUCAACCUCUGCACAGACUUCACAGCAUCAUCACCAGAAAACCAGGCAUGGGAGCUACUCCCCAUCCCACUCGGCCAGCCCCGGUUGCCGCCGGAGCUCAGAGGGUAGAAGGGAGAAACGUAGUAGCCGAUCAGGAUCACCUCACAGCUCCAGAUACGCUCGCAGGUCCAGGUCUCGCUCUCGCUCCCCAUGGUAUGACCACCCAACCUCCUCCCGCUAUCGGUCACGUUCAGGGACCCCUGAGAGACGAUCAACACUGAGAAGAGACGAGAGACGAUCGCCACCGAGGAGGAGCGACGAGAGACUAUCGCCACCGAGGAGGAGCGACGAGAGACGAUCGCCACUCAAGAGGAAUGACGAGAGACGAUCACCGCCCAGGAGGGGCAUUGAAAGACGACUGCCACCCAGGAGGAAUGACGAGAGACGAUCGCCACCGAGGAGGAGCGACGAGAGACGAUUGCCGCCAAGGAGGAGCCAUGAGAGCCGAUUGUCCUCAGAAGGUUCAUCCCUUUCACGAAAGAAGUCAAGCAAUGCAGAGAAACUGGCUAAGAAGCUCCUGGAAACAUCAGUUAUCCAGUCUUUGUCGAAACAGUCUGACCUUCAGGCCAUGGUGAAAACUCUGGCUCCUGCCUUGCUGGCCGAGCUGGCCAAGAUGAAGUCCACAAAAACAAAACCAUCCUCGUCUCCGCACUCUGCAGAAGCAAAGAGGUUGUCUUCUGCUGUCUCUUCCUCAUCCUCCUCCUGUAGAGCAAAGAAGAAGGGAUCGAUUUCAAAGCUCUCUAAAGUAAAGCCCAGCCUGCAGGAGAAUGUGACCAGUUCUUCCACAGUGAAAAAGUCUGGUAAAACUUCACCUCCAACCAUGGUGCGACUAGCAGGGAUUCAAAGCUCUCUCUCUCACAAUGACGUGACCGCUGCUGUGGAGCAAUUUGGAAAAACCAAAUCAGUCGUACUGUUUCGGUCCAGACUGCAGGCAAUCGUUUGUUUCGAGAAACAGGAAGACGCUCAGAAACUGAAGAGCAUAAAGAGCCUCGAAGUGAAAGGCGUAGAGAUCAGUGUCAUCGGAGAAAAGGAGACUGUUUGUAAGAAGCAGAAGAAGCUUCCUGAGAAAAAACCUGCCACAUCCAGUGUCUCCACACCUCAGAGCUCUCAAUCCAAAACCACCACUAGCACUGAAAAGGUUCUUCCCCCUACAGCUAGCAGGCCUCAGCUUAAAGGGCCUUCACCCUCUGAAGCUAAAAAAGCUACGACAGGCAAACUUACCAGUCAGAAAGUUGCAGCUAAAGGCUCAGUUAAAGGCCUAAUGACUGUGGCUAAAUCAAAAGUGUUGGUUUCCAAAGCCAAAAGCAUCUCAACCAAGCAGAUAGCUAAAGCAGUAAAAACAGGAAAGUUGCCUGUGAAGGGAGGUGUGAAAAAAGCCGCAGUAAAGAAAAAAUUGUCCUCAGGAUCCAAGUCCACAGCUCCAGAACAUCAGCCUGAAGCUGAUGACUCUGAACAAAAACCUGUACCUGGAAAAACCAGUGUGAAAGAAUCUGUGGAGGCGCAGAAAGAGACAGCCGAGGGUGAUGAAGCAGCAAACAGCACUGUUUCUGUACCAACAAAAGACGAAGAGAUUGUCACUGAAGCAAAGGUGUUUGCUUCCAAUGCAGAAGCAGCCUCGAGUACGCAGGAACCCAAAACUGAAGGAGCUGUGGAAAAAGAAAAGGUUGAACAACCAGCUGCAGAGACCAUGAGCAUGCCUUCAGAAAAUCACCCUGACGUAGAGACCUCCAGCCUUAAAGAAUCUGAAACCAGGGUUCAAGAACCUGUGGAGGUGCAGAAAGAGACAGCCGAGGGUGAUGAAGCAGAUAAUGUGAAAUCUUUUGAACCUCAGCAUCAAGUAAAUGUUGCCACGGGCAGUGAUGCUGGAGGUGCUGAGCCAAUGGAGCUUGGGGAAACAGGACCUGAGGUGGCGGAGCCCACGGAAGUCGGAAGUUGUGCUGAAGGCGAAGGGGAAAAACCAAAAACUGCAGAGGCUGUACCAGAAAGUUCAGCAGACAAACCCAGUGAGAGUCCACCACCAACCAGUCCAGAGGAGACCCGGCCAACAGAAGCCUCUGUCAGAGCUUCACCAGAGCCAGAACCAGAACCAGAGUCCACUGCACAAGGACCAGAGACCAAGACAGAUGCUUCACAAAUGCAACAGCCAGCUGCUGUGGAGGCGAAGCUGCCAGGUGGAGGUGUGGAGACAAGAACAGUGAAAGAAGACGCUGCAGGUGCAGUGAAGACACAAACAGAUGCAGCAUCAGCAAACAAUGCAUCUGCCACAACUAAGCCAACAGCUGCAGCAGCGGAGAAGACGCAACCAGCGGCGUCCACGCCAUCUCCAAGUGCAGUCGCCUGUCUGACUGUCGGGGAGAUGGUAGAAAAACACCUGCAUCAAGACAAAAUAAUGUGCCUCAACAAGAAAACUAUCUUCUCAGCAAAAUUUUUUCGACGUAAUGAUAAACUGUUGCUCAUAACCGGACUGCCGAGGUAUUACGACGGCUGCUACACCGAGGACGAUGUUGCCGAACUGCUCACGCCGUUUGGGUUUGAACACACAGAUGACAGCAUCUAUGUUGUUCCUCAGACAUGCAUGGCCUUCUUCACGAUGCCGAGUGUUGGGCUUGUGCACAGCCUACUCAAAGUCUCCAUGAGGUGUGGCAUUUUAUUCAAAGGGUCUACACUCACUCCCAGAGUAGUAGCCAACAUCACGAACACGGCACCGUUUGGGUUUUAUAAAUCACUGAUGAAGAUGAUGAAGUCUCCUGUGCUUGAUAACGGAACGGGAACAAUCUUCAUCAAGAACAUUUCACCGAGUGAGAUCCGGGACCUCAGAGAGGCUUUGAAAAAAAUCGGUUCUGUCAAGAACUGCCUGCCUCUGCUGAACAAGGUCUUUAUAGAGUUCGAGUCUAUCCGCGAUGCUGAUCGACUCGGAGUUUGGUACAGUCUCCUGAAACAAGCUCCUGGAUGUGAAGUCCACAGGCUGAAAAUACCAUACAGCACCUGCACAUCACUAUCACCAAGACUGCCUGCGUACGCUCUGCCAGACAGCAAGGAUGUUGUUGCCGGGGCAACUGUCCCAUCAGUAGAAUUUGGCGUUCCACAUGGCAGCAUUUCACCAUUUUGGGUCACGAUGAGAAAAAGUCCCUUCCUGUUCCCGACUGUCUCUCCUUGGUUCAUCAUCCCAGAUUACCUGACAGUCAGAGGAAAGGACAACAUACAGGAGGCCGGUCGUCGUGGUUCCAUGUUUUCCACGAUCAUGUUGACCGGUUUGCCAGAGGGAAACUACGAGCAUGAGGACGUGGCCAGGCUGGUCUGGAAGUAUUUCCCCACACAGAACCUCCACUCCCUGUUCUACAGCGUGGUGGUCUUACCGCUGCAGAGGAGGGCCUUUGUGUUUUUUGCCAAUUGGACUUCGUGCUGCAAUUUUGUUCAAGAUCACAUCAAAAAGCCGCUUUUUGUCAAAGCCUCCAAGCUCAGUGUCCACUUCGUCUUGCAAGCCAUGAAUCCUGGAUCCAGUGAGGAGGUGAUGUACAGAAGUCUGAUGAAGUGGAGCAACGCUGGAGUUCCAGAGUCAGAGUCUCUGGAGGAGCGUUUGCUGUGUGUGGAGAUCUCUGAGGCGUCUGUAAACGUGAUCAGGAUGGUCAUGGAAGCGGUGGCCUCCAUCGCAACCUUUGUCAGCUUCCUGCCGCUCGCCAACAGGAUAUUUGUUGAGAUGGCUGACUCCAGCGGUGUGACGCAGGUGGUGGAGAAGUACAACACUUUCACUCCGGACUCUUUUGAAAAGUGUGAAACUUGGAGUAAAGUUCAGCGUUUUGAGACUUUGAAGAACCUAAAACGGCGUCUACAAGCUAGUGAGAUCACAACCAAGUCUCAAACCCAGCCUCCUCCUUCUGAACUUUCGGAUAAAGGGGCACAACCUGGUCUGCAAACCAGUGGCCCUGGUGGAUCUGCCAUGUCCAAGCCCAUCACAGCAGGACCAAGUGCUACUGCCUCAAGCGAUGUAUCGAUGGAGAAGGACGUUGAGAAAUCAGGAGCUGAGAUCGUCAUGGGCUCUGCUGUUGGUCCUGAAGCAAAUGAAGAUGUAGAGAAGGUAGAGGUAAAGGGGGAAGAGGAGUCACAAACAACUUUCUUCACCUCUGCAGUCAGCAGUAGAAAUCCUGCCCCCUCAGCCACAGCACUCAUGCCAGAAGACUUUGCAGAGCUUCCUCGGAUGAACACAGAAAUUUUCAAGGUCCUCACGGCAGCGGUUCGCCAGCACAGACUCUCCCGAAUGAGCAAGUCCCACAAUGAGACGGAGAGGCCCAGCAAAAGCAACACAAGCUCGAGAAGAGCAACAGCUGAAGACACAUCUCAAAGAAUGGGUCCGGAUGAUUUUACAGAUGACACUUUGCCUUCAGACGCGUAUCUGUUUGAUGAGCAAAAUUUCAACAUGGAUGACUUUGUGACUGUUGAUGAAGUUGGUGAUGAUGUGGAAGACACAAGAUCCAGGCCUGAUCGCUCCUCCUCAUCCUCCUCCAGAGCGAGACGAGAGAGGCAAAGCUCACAUGUGUCGUCUGGUAGCAAAGAGACGUCGAAGAGGUCUUCAAAAGAUUCCAAGAGCGCAGCGUCUUCCUCAUCCAAGUCGACUAAACGUUCAAGCUCUUCUACCUCAAGCUCUGUAUCACCAACAAAGCCCGCUAACUCAUCUGAACCCACCAAAUUGCCUACCAAACCCUCGUCCUCUGCCAAGCCCUCCUCCUCUUCUUCUCCACCAUCUGUUGAAACCACUUCCCUCCCUGGACAGAAAACACAAGAGAGCAAGACAAAAUCUCCAUCCAAAGCAUCACGUUCCACAUCCUCUGGUCGUAGUACCCUCUCAUCAUCCACUACACGUGAAAGAGAAAAGAUAACGUCAGCAGCGACUGUCGAGGCAUCAGUAGAGACUCAUCUGAAGCCACUUAAAGAAGAAGCAAAAGCCACAGAGGGCGCAGUGACACGGUCUGACCACAGAGUGUCAGCAGAGGGCAUUGCUGCAAAGACUGUUGAGCCUGAGAUAAAAGUAGAAACAUCAUCAGAGAUGCAUCCACCUCCACAAGGACAUGGAGUAGAGUUGAGCCAAGGCCAGAAUCUGGAGAUUGAUUGUAACGUCAACACACUCAAAGACCGGAAGAAAAGCAAAGAGGAAAUAAAAGAAGAGGAUGUUGACAAACACACAGAGGAGCAGGAGGAUGACGGUGAAAACUACCAAAUCCUCGACUCACUUGAUGAUCAAACAGAUGAACAGAUGGAGGAUGGGGACCAAGAGGGCAGCUCUGAAACCCAGCAAACUGGACCUGAACGAGGUCAGACUUUGCAUGAGGAAAGCUAUGAGGACUUGGACAGUGCCGACAACAAAGGCCACGCCCGCCCUGAGAAGUACAGUGAGAUGGAAAUGGAUGGCUCUUUCCAAGUGUUAGACAGUGUUACUGAAAACAAAGAAGCUUCGAGUCAAGAGGACAUUCGCAUGGUCCAAGAUGACGGUUCCCCAGCAAAGCAGGUGUCUGACGAAGGUGCAGCUCCAGUAGAUGACAAAUCUAAUGAUAAAAUUGCAAUUAAAGAUGCAGUGGAUAAAGAUCAAGAGACAAAUGACAAAGAUAAUUUCCAAGUGUUAGAUACAGGUAGCAAACAAGCUCCAGGGGUCGAGGGGAAAAUACUUGUAGUCGAAUCCUGUAAAGCCUCCAAAGAUGUGGAAGCUCCUGAUGUCCGAGUCCCUAAUGAAGAUCAGCCUGAUCAAGACUGUGACAGUAAAGAUGAUUUAAGUGAACCUGAUCAAGAAACCUUUGAAAUAUUGGAUUCAAUUGAUGAUCAGACUGCAAAAGAAGAUGACAGCCACAACCUUGAAACUCCAAGUGACCGAAUAUCUAAAGAACACAUUAGACCCAUAGAGGCAGAGGAAGAGGAAGACACAUAUCAGAUAAUUGAUUCUUUUGAAGAUGAGCCUAUGAUGAUGUCAGAGACUGACAACAGGGACUUAAGGACCAAGAAAGAGGAGGCGACUGCCAGAAAAGAUGAUGCACCAUCAACGAGGAGUGGGCCCACGACCACAGCGUCCGAAAGUGAAGAGAAGGAGGAAUCACCAAAGAAACAAGAAAGGACGGUUAAAAAAUAUGAGACACGGAAGAAGAUGGACACCACUGCCUCUCAAAAAGACAAAGACAUCGAAGAGGCCACUGAGGAGACGGUGUACCAGAUAGUAGAUUCUGUUGGAGAUGAACUGGUUCAAGAUACUACCACCACAGAAAGGUCUGGUAGAAGAAGGAGUGCAAGAGGAAAGAAAGAGGAUAAAAUUACACUGAAUCUAACAGAAGGGUCUCAAAGACCUGUCGUGGAUGAGGAGGUUGCAUACAAGAUUUUAGACUCUGUGGAGGACGGGACUGCAGAUGAUAAUCCAACAGUCCCGACAAAAUCUACCAGAGGAAAAAGGGAAAGAACAAGUAAGAAAGAUGCUUUGAUUGAGGAAACAGUAAAAGAGGACACGCCAACAAGAAGGAGGCAGACUCCUGCCAGAGAGGCACAGGGAGGAAACAGGGAAAAAACAGGGAAGAAAGAGGAGAAAGCCCCUUCAAAACACAGCACACCAACAAGGAAGAGUGGCGUUGUUGUAAGACAGGAAGAUGCUACCAAUAAAAUGUUGGACUCUGUGGAGGACGAGGUUGUUAAGGAUGAUCGACCCACUGCAGGACGAAAAAGGGGAAGACCAAAGAAAGAGGUUAAAACAACUAAAAAAGACAGAAUGUUAAAGAAGGACGACAAAGAGGCAUCUAAAACGGUAGGCGAUGAAGAAGAGGUGACAUAUCAGAUCCUUGACUCUGUGGAGGAUGAGACAGUUGAGGAUCAGCCCCUCACAGGACAGUCUGAGAGUUCAAGAAGAGAAGACAUUUCUAAAAACGAUGAGAAGCAAACCAAGAACAGCGCAUCUCUCUCAGGAUCGACCAAAAAUGAGGAGGAGGAGGACGAGCCCAUGUAUCAGAUCGUAGAUUCUCUGGAAGACGAUCAAGACGAGCUGACGGCCACAGAGAUGUCCGAUGGAGGGGGGAAGGAAAAACAUCACGAAACUCCCACAAAAGAAGAGGCUGAGAAAGGAGGCACACCAACACCUGAUACCACAGAUGUGGAACCAUCCGAAACAGUGACCAUCAAGGAGGAGAGUCUGUAUCAGAGAGUCGAUGAUUUGGUGGAAGUACAUGAUGAUCCAUCUGCUGCAGAAGAGUCUGGUACCAGAAGUAAGGAGAGGACAUCCAAAACAGACAUUCAGAAAGAGGACGAAUCAACAAGCAAGUCCCAAAGAGACGCUGUGACAACAGAAGAGGAAAAGAAAGAAAAAUCACCUGAGAAAAACGACACAACUAGCACUCUGGUGAACCUGGACCAAGUGAGCGAGGAGGAGGAGGAUUUCCCUGACGACGCGGCAGAGGAGGAAGAACUGAGGAAGAGGCAAGCCACCACAAACAAGAAGCAGUUUGCCGAAGAACGGGAAGCAAGGAGGACCGGAGACGGAGAAGAGAGGGAGAGGAAGCAAAGGAGCCGGAGCAGCAGCAGUAGAGGAGGCGACAGUGGAGGAACGAGGAAGGCGAAGGAGAGCGGGAGGGAAAAUGAGGAGGUGGUGGAGGUCGACACCACGGAGCUGCUGACUCUGGAUGAGGUGGGUGCAGAUGAAGCCAGAGAGGAAGGAGCGCAGGAGAGCCAAGGGUGGGAUGGAGAGAUCACGGAGGAAGAGCUGGAGACGCUCGUCACUCUGGACGAGUUCGUAGAAGAAGAAGAGGACGGAAAGGCUCAGCAAGACGCACAGGAGACCCGCCCACUCAGCCGGGAGGACCAAUCAGUGGACUCCUUGAACCCAAAGACUUCAGACGAAGCAGCCGGUGAUGAGGAAGAGAAGCCGGACGAAGAGCAAGCUGAGAAAACAUCGAGAUCUGUCAAACGCAAACACGAUGAGGACACAGAGGAAAGUAUGAACUUUGUGACGGUAGAUGAGGUGGGAGAGGAGGAGGAAAAGGAAGCGGUGACAACCAGGACAAGAGGCCGACCCAAGAAGAGAACCAGACCGACCCCUGUGAGGAAAUCUACCAGAGGGAAAAAAGUGAGCACAAACGACGAGACAGAAGAAGAAAAGGAACCAGCUGACGUACUGCCUCCCGCAUCACUCGACGCCUCGUCGUCACCGGACAAAGAUUCGUCCACGCCGUCAAGUGACGGCCACCUGGAGACGCAGAAGAAGGAGGCGGAGGUGGAAGCGGCGAGCCGAGCCGGCGUCGAUGCCGCCGCCGCUGGGCGGGAGCUGCGGCCGGAGACCCCUGACAACCAGACACUGGACGGAUGUGUGGAGGAAGGAGAGGAGGAGAAGGAAGGAUGGAGCAGGAAAGACACUAAAGCUGUGAGUAAACAGAGGAGGGAGCUUGUCGGACCUGAAGCAAAGAGAUCUCGUUCUCAGUCUCCUUGUGUCGCCGCUGACUUCAAUCUGCCCCCAUUCAAACCCAACACCCCCCUCGGUCAGGAGUUUGAGGUCCCCACCUCAGAGCACUUCAGUCAUCACUACGACGGCCUGCAGCCCUCGAAGUCCGUCAAGACGAAGCAAGGACACACACGACGGAACACCAGGAGAAACAGCGGCAGUUCAACUCCAGAGGUGCUCCAAGCAGCUGGAGGAGCUUCGCCCCCAACAGCUGUCUGUAAAGGGAAGGCGGGGUCUGUCGACGCCAUGGAAACUACGACGGACAACAGGGGACUGACACAUGAUCAGAAAUCUGUUAUAAAACCUAGCCACGAUGAUGACCCGGAGGCUGAGGUGACCCGGCGCCGCCAAAAUUCAGACUUAGAUAAUUCUCAAGACUCCCAGUCCCCCCCACCGGAGAGUAGGAGGAUUCAGCUCUAUGAUGAUCGAGGGAAAAAGUUACAGGACGGUGAGUUAGCUGAUCCGAACAAUUGGAGUAAAAUCGCUCUCGUGAGGCCAGGAAGGGUUCCGUUGCACAGUCCUUUCAAACAAAUGAGUUUCAGACAAGCCACAGAAAUGAAGUCUCAGUCGAGGAUGGUGAGUUGCUUCGCCGUCGAAACCGCCGCUAAAUACGGCGACUGGUCCGACGUGCGAGCGACCCUCUACGAUCACAGCCACGGCCCGUGGGCAGAGGUCGAAGAACUGGUUCAUGGAAGGAUGCCUCGAUUGGUGGCGUAUCUGGUGGCCUCGCGAAGACAAGUGAUCGUCUCGCCCCGGAAAGGUUAUUAUUAUAAUCACCACCAAACCGGCAGGUCCAAAAGUUCAAGAGAGGGAGCUGAAGGCGGCAAGAGAACGACGACGUGAACGUUCAGCUCUCAGCUCAUCUCCAGAGCUGCUUUUUGACUGUCGAUGUGUUAACUGAUGUUCAGUUUAGUCAUAUUUUACUUUGUCUUUCUUUCCAUGUUCCUCCCGUCUUAUGUUGUUCUUCUUUAUUCAGGUUAUGAUUUUCAUGUGAUCGUGAUGUGAGCCUGAAGUUGAGCUGUCAUGGAAACAUUUUUCCACAGACUCCUGGUUUAAUGUUGUUUUGGUUUUAUUGAUAUACUCGUAUUUUACAUGUAUUGAGGUACUCUGGUGCACAAACAUAAUCGUCCUCCUUACAUUGUAUUAACUAACUCACUUACCAUGUUUUGGCGAGUCACAUGUUGACACUGUGUCAACAUGUAACUCGCCUCGUUUGGCCUCUGAUUCCUUUUAUUCCACUUUUUAUCACACUGGAGAUUUUUAAAAACUUUUGGUUAAAUAAAAAAGAUCCCACUUUACUGAAGGAAAAUGUUUUUUUUUUUUGUUUUAGGUUUUCCAUUGCUCACCACCAUAGAGGCCCCCCUCCACGUGGUGGCUAGAGGUUAACCUCUGUUAGGUUUGGAAGUCUAGACACUACAGACCCUUAGGAACAGCCCUGAGAACGUUUAGGGUGACUCACAUGUAUUUGUAAGGCGGAAACGCAUCGGUACAAGAGGGAAGCCUCCACCUUUUGGCCGCGCCUCAGGUUUAGUAAGGGUUUAGCUCCAGCGCUGCUAACAGUUAGAUCGUUACCUUCAGGAUCGUCCACCAAGGCCCGACUCUCCCGGCGAGGAAGGACGUCCUGACAGUCGGACCACCUGAUUUAAAGAGUCUCAGCUUCGUCUUGGCAGAAAGCCUCCCCUCGUCCCUGUCACUGCCCCCACGGCUCCGUUUCUGAUAUUCAGCUUCUGAUUUUUAUCCAUUUAUUUGUUACAAAUGUGAAAAAUUCGCCAACAAUUAAUAACUACAAUGUUUUUGAGACGUCGCAAAGUUUCCUACAAACCCGAUUUCAAAUGAGCCGAGAUGCUUCGAGGCGUGAACGGUUACUCUGGAAGCUUUUUAACUCCUUUUUUAAACUGUUAAAUGAAGCUGAGAAUCGGAUCUUGCACACGAUGAAGGUCGGAGAAGUGUUAACAAGCACUUUAGCUUAAUUAACCAGACGAAGGUGUUACAGCUCCAAUCAGUGAGCAGCUGAACCGCAUCUGUCGGACGAACUCGAGCAAACAUUUUGUCUCUCCGUGACAACGUGAACACGUUUUCUUAUUGGUUCUAGUUUUUCAGAGGAUUUUCCAUGGAAAGUCAUUCAAACACAGACCCUAGAGAUUAUGUUAUGGGAUGUUUUUGUUCUUCUCUCCUGCUGAAAUGUAUCUGAAAUGCAGCUGAUGUGUAUCUGACAAACGUGUUUUGGUGGAGGAAUAUUUGUGUGUUGCUGAAGGAAGAACCUCGACAUGUUUGACACAUUCACUCAGUUUUUAUUUAAAGAAAGGUCGUCAAAGAUCGCUGACGCAGUUUCAACUGCUGUACAGUUUGUUCUGUUUCUAUAAAACGCUGAUUAAAAUCUGAGUGCCUCACAUGGUUUCU